AUGUCUCAGGAACUGCUGCCCAUGGAGGUGCCAGAAGCACUCUAUUACAUGAAUCCAGGGAAGUUCAUGAUGCCAUCAAAUGCAAAAGUACUACAGGAUGAAGACUCAGACAUCGAUUCUUUGGGAGAUGAUGAACCGCAAGAAGAAAAUGAAGAAAGUACUGUACCAGACAAAGGUGAUUUCAAGAUAGAAUCCUCUCCCUGCUACCUGCUGACUGUAAGGAUCAUCCGGAUGAGAAACCUCCAGCGAGUGGAUGCCUUAAGCCAGGCUGAUUGCUACGUGUCGUUGUGGCUGCCGACUGCGACAUGUGAAAAGUCCCGCACUAAAACUGUGAGAAACUCCAACAAUCCAGUGUGGAAUGAAACCUUCUACUUCAGGAUCCAGAGUCGGGUCAAGAACAUGCUGGAGCUGACAGUGUACGAUGAGGAUUUUGCUACUCCGGAUGACCAUCUCCUCUGUGCACUCUUUGAUAUUGCUAAACUUCCAAUUGAAAGAACAGUGCUCCUGUGUUUUAAGCCCAGCCCAAAGGCCAAGGAAGAGCUAGAGGUUGAAUUCAAGUUGGAAGCCGCUUCUGGUCCUCAUGAAGCCAUUGCUACCAAUGGAGUCCUGGUGUGCCGUGAACUUUGCUGCUUGGAAGUUGAAGUGGCAGAGAAGAUGCAGCAAAAAUCAAGUAAGAAAGAGCUUUCUCUCACCGUGAAGGGCUCCUUUGAGGGGACGCAGGAUAUCACGCUGGGCCCUGACGGAGUAGCCAGCCCAUCGGGUCCCACCAAGUUCCACUAUAUCAAGUACGCAGAACCAACGCUGGAUGUCAUGUUGCCAAAGAAGAGGCGCUACCACCCUUGGACCUGUAAGUACAGUACAGAGACGGGGUCCCCUGUGGUGAUGCUGAAUUCGCUGCCCAUGGGAAGGAAAACGACCAUUGCAGAGGAGAAAAGAUUUGACUUGAAUGUGAGAGCACAAAGCUGUAAAUGUUCUUGCCACCAAGACCUGGACAUGCGCUUUGGGUUUGAUUUGUGUUCAGAGGAGAUGGCUUUCCUGGGGAAAAGAAAGAGAUAUGUAGCAAGUGCACUGAAAAAUGUUUUUCACCUACAACAGGACCUGCAGGAUUUUGAAGUCCCCGUUGUGGCUAUCAUCACGACAGGUGGAGGACUGAAGUCAAUGACAGGACUAUACGGCAGCCUUAUGGGACUCAAGAAAUUAAAUCUCCUGGACUGCGUAACAUACAUCAGUGGGUUGUCCGGCACCACGUGGACCAUGGCCAACUUAUACAGAGAUGCCUACUGGUCACAGAAGGACCUAGACUCGCAUAUUGGUGAAGCCCAGAAACAAGCAACCAAAUGCAAGAUGGGCUGUUUCUCUAUGGAUCGCAUGAAGUACUACAACAAGCAGCUUUGUCAGCGGAAAGAAGAAGGAUACAGGACAUCAUUUAUAGAUCUUUGGGGGCUCAUGAUCGAGUAUUUACUAAAUGAUGGGAAAGAUCCCCACAAACUUUCAGAGCAGCAAGAAGCACUGUGUGAUGGCCAGAACCCACUGCCCAUCUAUGUGUCGGUCAGUGUCCGGGACAAUUACAGCACCAAUGAUUUCAAAGAGUGGGUGGAAUUCACCCCCUACGAGGUGGGACUGCUGAAGUACGGCGCCUUUGUUCGCACAGAGCAUUUCGGAAGUGAGUUCUUCAUGGGACGCUUGUUAAAAAAGCUCCCUGAAUCCCGGAUCUGCUACCUUCAAGGUAUGUGGAGCAGUAUAUUUUCUGUGAACCUAUUACAAAUAUGGGGACUGUCCCACAGUUCAGAGGACUUCUGGAAGAGAUGGACACAAGACAGAGUAGAAGAAGUUGAUGAAGACCCGGUGUUGCCUACAAGACCUCACGAGCUGAGGACUCGCAUGUACACUCCUCCUGGCCCCCUGUCCAGCGCCCUUCGGGGAGCAUUGACUGACCGCUUCUCUGUUGCCCAGCACCACAAUUUCCUGAAGGGCUACCAGCUGCAUAACAACUACCUGGAGAAUGAGCACUUCUGUCGAUGGAAAGACACUGUGUUAGACUCACAACCCAACCAGCUGAUGCAAAAUUCUGAUCACCUGGGCAUGAUAGACGCUGGAUUUUUCAUCAAUACCAGCAGUCCACCACUUUUAAGGCCACAGAGGGAAGUGGAUGUCAUCAUAUAUUUAAGUUAUACUACUGGAUCACAUACAUCGUCUCUAGAUAAGGCGUAUAAAUACUAUUCAGAGCAGAAAAUCCCAUUCCCCAAAAUUUCUCUGACUGAUGAAGAUAAGAAAAAUCUGAAGGAGUGCUACAUCUUCCAAGAUUCAGAUUUGCCAGGAUGUCCGAUAGUGAUUUUUCUUCCCCUUGUGAAUGACACCUUCCGAGAGUACAAAGCACCCGGUGUCAAGCGCUGUUGCUCAGAGAUGGAGGGAGGACAACUUGAUUUGACAAGUCGCUUUUCCCCCUACUGCAUGUUCUCGGUCAGGUAUACCGAUGAGAAUUACCGCCGGCUGCUGAACCUCAGUGAAUACAACGUCCUGAACAACUCACAGAUGAUUAUGCAGGCCUUGCAGAUAGCGAUGCAAAGGAGAAGGCAAAACAUCUUCUUUGUAAUAGACCACCUACCUCAUCAGCCCAAGGAACCCAACCUGAAAAUAGCAGGUUCCAUUUACAGUCAAGAGCUGAUGGCUCAAACCGCUCGGCUAGGAGAAGGAAUUAUACAGCUGAAUCCUGAUGGAGAGCAGUGGAUUCCUGUUACAAAGAUAGAAUCAUGUCUGUGUUACUUACUGACUGUAAGAGUCAUAAGAGCAAGAAAUAUCCACCAGGCAGAUGUCUUAAGCCAGACUGAUUGCUACGUGAGCCUGUGGCUGCCAACUGCUUCAACUGACAAAUUUCAGACUAAAACCAUCAAGAAUUGCAAAGAUCCAGUCUGGAAUGAAACCUUCUACUUCAGGAUCCAGAGUCAGGUCAAGAAUGUGCUGGAACUGGCGCUCUAUGAUAAAGAUGUGGUUACUCAAGAUGACCACCUCUUCACGGUGUACUUCGACAUAGCCAAACUUUCCCUGGGAGAGCAAGUCUUCAUGCACUUCAAGUGCGAUUCACAGAGACAAGAGGAGCUAGAGGUGGGAUUUACAUUGGAUAAUAUUUCAGGUCCUCCUGAAACCAUCAUUACUAAUGGAGUACUAGUGUCUCGCAAAGUCUGCUGCUUGGAAGUCCAGGUGGUUGAGAAGAAGAAGAAGAAAAAAGAGAAGAAAUCUUUAUCAAAGAAAGAAUUCUCCUUUAAAGUGCAAGGCUCUUACGAAGGCACCCAAGACGUUAUGCUGGGAUCUGAUCGUGUCUUCAGCUCCUCCUCUCCUGCCAAAUUCCACUAUGCCAGAUACAAGCAGCCAACGCUGGAUGUUAUGCUACCAGGGAAGAAACGACCUCCCUCCUUUUGCUCCCGUGUGUACGACACAGGAUCUCCAAAUGUGGAACUUCAUUCCCUUCCAAGUGGCAAAAACAUGAUCUUAGCAGAGGAUAAAGGAUUUGAUUUAUACGUGAAGGCAGAAGACUGCCCUGACCACCUUGACGUGCGUUUGGGGUUUGACCUCUGCGUGCAGGAGCAAGACUUUCUGUGCAAAAGGCAGAAGUACGUUGCUCCUGCUCUGAAGAAGGUCCUGCAGCUGGAACAAGAUCUGCUGGACCAUGAGACCCCAGUGGUGGCCAUCAUGACUACGGGGGGAGGGAUGAGAUCUCUGACCGCGCUGUAUGGCAGUCUGCGGGGGCUCAAGAAACUCAACAUCUUGGACUGUGCCACAUACCUGACUGGCUUGUCUGGUACUACAUGGACCAUGUCAAACUUGUACAGAGAUGCUGACUGGUCACAAAAGGAUCUCGACAAGCAAAUCAGUGAGGCUCGAAAACAUAUGACAAAAUGCAAAAUAAAUUCCCUUUCCUUGAAGUAUUUGAAGUAUUACAAAAAGCAGCUGUGUCAACGGAAAAGAGAGGGCCGCAAAACAUCUUUUAUAGAUCUCUGGGGGCUUGUCCUGGAAUCUUUGUUACAUGAUGGGAAAGACAACCAUAGACUCUCUGAUCAACAACGGGCCAUUGAUCGUGGUCAGAACCCACUGCCUAUCUAUACUGCAGUCAAUGUCAAGAACAACUAUAGCACUCUGGAUUUCAAAGAAUGGGUGGAGUUCACCCCUUAUGAGGUGGGAUUGCAAAAAUACGGAGCUUUUGUUCGCGUUGAGGACUUUGGCAGUGAGUUCUUCAUGGGUCGGUUGAUGAAGAAGGUCCCUGAAUCCCGGAUCUGCUUCUUAGAAGGCAUGUGGAGUAGUUUAUUUUCAUUGAACGUGUUAUAUAUCUGGAAUUUGUCCCAUUCAUCAGAAGAUUUCUGGCACAGGUGGACCCGGGACAAAAUCGACAAUAUAGAGGAGGAACCAAUCCUACCGCUGAAGCUGCACGAACUGAGGACUCGCCUGUUCACGCCUCCUGGCCCCCUCGGCAGUGCUCUUCGCAGCGCUCUCACCGACCGCCUCUGCAUUGCCCAGGAGCACAACUUCCUAAAGGGUUUCCAGAUGCAUAAUGACUACCUGGAGAACAAGCACUUUUGCAGAUGGAAAGAUACUGUGUUAGACACGUUUCCCAACCAGCUGACACAAUCAGAGGAAUUCCUAUCUCUGGUAGAUACAGGAUUUUUCAUCAAUACAAGCGUCAUGCCACUUUUAAAACCAGAGAGAAAGGUGGACGUCAUCCUGCAUUUAAAUUACAGUGCAGGAUCACAGAUACAGGCUCUGGACCACACCUGCAAGUACUGCUCAGAGCAGGGAAUCCUUUUUCCCAGAGUGGACUUGAGUGAAGAAGACAGGAAAAACCUGAAGGAGUGUUACCUCUUUGAUGGUGCUGAGACUCCAGGAGCGCCACUACUGCUAUUUUUCCCACUAAUUAAUGAUACCUUCCAAAAAUACAAAGCACCAGGUCAGAAGCGCUCAGAGUCAGAGAUGGAAGAUGGCAAAGUUGAUCUCUAUGGCUGCUGUUCCCCUUAUUCAACAUAUUCAAUUCAGUACACCGAGAAGGCAUAUGACCGUUUGGUUCAGCUGGGUGAAUACAACAUCCUGAAUAACGAAGACCUCAUUAUGCAGGCCUUGCACACAGCAGUAGCACGGAAAAGGCAGAAAAAGAAAUAA